AUGCCUAAGAUACUUAUUCUUCACUCAAACUCUAGCGGUUUACAAGCAGUAUUAACAAAACUUGAACUAUUGAACCGAAAAUCGGGACCCUUUGAGUGCGUUUUACUUCUAGGAGAAAUAUUCGCUACUCUUGAAGCUGCCAAACCCGAGGUAUCUGAUAUUCCCAUCUUGUUUACCAAUGGACGUACGCUGCUGAGCGAAAAAGUAGGUUCCAACCGCACCGUUGGCAACUGGACACUUCUAAAUGGAUACGGUCUCUUCCAGCACUCCAGCGGUUUGAAAAUUGGUUACCUGACAGGGGAUCGAGAAUUUUUGGACAGGAAUCGAGAAGCAAUUCAAACAACUUUCCACUGCACAGAAGGAUUAGAUAUCUUAUUGACCGAUGGUGGAAGUAGGGCCCUUUCUUUGAAUGGCGAUCAAGAAUCCGAAGUGAAUCUUUUGGAAGACGAAAUUCUGCAGCUUUCAAAGCCAAAGUAUCAUUUUGCCACACACAAUAAGAAUUUGUUUAAAGAAGCUCUGCCAUUCAGAUGGGCUAACUCAGAUGUGAUAACCAGAUGCUUCAAUCUAGCGGAAUAUGACUCAGGUGCCAGGUGGGCUUAUGCAUGUAACGUAGGCACAGCUGAACCCGGCAACAUUGCAAUGAAUAUUAACAUUGGUCCCAAUCCAUAUGAGAAGACGGAGCCUCGGAAGCGAAAGCCAGAAGGCGAGUCUUCAGUAGAAAGAUCAAUAGUCAAAAGGCCGAAACAGAUUUUACCUGAAAAAUGCAGAUUUUGCUUUACCAAUACCUCAAUCGAAGACCAUCUUGUUGUCCAUAUUGGGGAGAACGCGUAUAUAACGGUGGCCAAAGGACCCUUAACCGUGCCCACAAACAAGAUGGGCUUUUCCGGGCAUUCCCUACUAAUCCCCAUUAAACAUUUACCCAAAUUGAACCUACCUGGUAUAUCUUCCCAAGACUCUCCAGAUGCUUCCUUACGUGCUGAAAUGCAAAGGCUUGAAUCCAAUAUCAAAACUAUGAACUACAAAAAGUUUGAAAUGUCAACAGUCGCCUUUGAGAUAAAUUCUGAUCAUUCUAUUCAUUAUCACCGUCAACUGUUUCCUGUUCCAAACUACCUGAUAAGUAAGUUUCGCCCAGCGCUAGAAAGGCAGGUUCAUUUUAACAACAAAGAACUUACUCGGAACGCACAGUUGAACUUUAUGGAAUUCGAAGGGUUUGAAGACCAGAAAUUUGAAUCCACCAUUAAUGACAAUAAUCUCAACUACUUGCAGUUCACGGUUUAUGAAGACAACCAAAGCUCGCCUAAAAUAUAUCUGGCAACGUUCAACUCUCAUGAAAGGAUUGAUUUGCAAUUUGGCAGGCGUGUAGUCGCAUUCGUACUCAAUUUACCUAAAAGAAUCAAGUGGGAUUCUCCAGUUUGUAGACAGACUGUGGAGGAGGAAAAGAAGGAAGUCAAUCAAUAUCAACAGCACCUCAAAGACUUUGAAAGCGCGCUCUAA